CGGCAAAUAGAGAAGACGAAGCUCAGUUCUGUCUGGUUGCCUUUGCCGUGCCCUGGGUCACGUGACGUGCUGAAGAAUCAUGGAUUACUAUGGGAAGUACGCAGCGGUCACUCUAGUCAUGUUGUCCGUAUUUCUGCAUAUUCUUCAUUCUUUUCCUGAUGGAGAGUUCCUCAUGCAGGGUUGUCCAGAAUGCAAGCUAGGGGAGAACAGGUUCUUCUCAAAGCCAGGAGCUCCCAUUUACCAGUGCACAGGAUGUUGUUUCUCCAGGGCUUAUCCCACUCCCAUGAGAUCAAAGAAGACAAUGCUGGUUCCAAAGAACAUUACAUCAGAGGCAACAUGCUGUGUAGCAAAAGCCUUUACAAAGAUUACCCUUAAGGACAACGUGAAGAUAGAGAACCACACAGACUGUCAUUGCAGUACCUGCUACUAUCAUAAAUCUUAAAGCCUGUCCCAUCGGUAGUGACCACGGAUGACAAUGAAUGGAAUUGUUUAUUUUGCAGCUUUUAUAGCAUCUCUAUUUAAAAUAUUAGGUUUUCUGAUCAGGGCAUUUUAGUGUAUGAUCUGAUGAGAUGUACAGCUAUUUAUCUCCUCUUUACUUCAUCACGUAUUUAACCAAGUUUAAUUAUUUCCAUUAGGAGUGAAAUAUAGCACUUUGCAUGACAAAAAAAGUGUGAUCCAUUUUUAAAUAAAGUCUGAAUUAAAAUAUCAA